AUGUAAUUAAGAAACCAUCACUAUUUGACUUCGGAAACAGGCACGAAAGGGUCCUGAAAAAAUUGUUACCUCCUUGAGUUUGAUUAGGUCGUUGACCCUCAAAGGGCAUGGAAAUUAAAAAAACACACAGACAAAGAGAUAAUAAUACAAACUCCAGAUGGAAUAUUCGAAAGAACAGAGUUACACCAGAGAGGGAUGACACAUGCGUUCAUCAAAUCUUCUUUCUUGAUUCCACAUUAUUAAAACAUUCGGGAAAACAACAGCUUCUUGUCUCAAACGAACCAGCCAUUCUUCCAACCACUUUUCCCAAAAGAGAAGAACAUGGAGAAAGAAGAAGCAGCAGCAGCAGUGAUGGAGGAGGUAAUAUACGUUGCCGUGGGGAGAGAAACUGCCAAGAACAAGUCAAAUCUAACAUGGGCAAUAGAUAACUCCCAAGGGAACAAGAUCUGCAUCGUUCUUGUUCACCAACCUCCUCAUAUGAUUCCUGUUUGUAAGUUUUCUUUCUCCUCUCAAUACAAAUCCAAAAGAGUCAAUGGGUUUGAUCUUUAUUUUUUUACUUAUUCCACAGUGGGUACCAGAUUUGAUGCUGCAACGGUGGAUGAAGAGUUAGUGAUAGCAUAUAGAGAAAAGCAAAAGGCUAAAACAGACAAGAUUCUUGAUGAGUACCUUAGAAUUUGCCUGAAGAAAGGGGUCCAUGCAGAGAAGCUGUGCGUUGAGAUGGACUCCAUAGAGAAGGGGAUUGUGAAGAUGAUACAUGAGAAUAAAGUCAGGAAGUUGAUAAUGGGAGCAACUGCGGACAAACACUAUUCAACGAAAAUGGAGGAACUGAGGUCGAGGAAAGCCAUCUUUGUAUGCCAACACGCAUCUCCUACUUGUUGCAUUCGGUUUAUCUGCAAAGGACAUCUCAUCCACACAAGGAAAGGUAGAAUGGAUGAAGUGAGAGCUCUCUCAGCUCUAUUAUCCGACUUUCAGCGGCUUGUGUCCUCGCGAAGCAGCUCCAAUUCAGAUAUGCUGAGUGGAAGUUCAAAGGUGAAAAGCGGGGUGGAGGAGGAGGAAGGAACAUCAAGAACCAGCUCUUCUCGGUCUGUUGGUACCUUGUCAUACUCUGGAGGAUCUGAGGCUUCACCAAGUGUAACUGAAGACAAAUCAAACCACUCAUCUCCUCCUCCCUCUUUACCUUGCACGGGGAUGGGACUAGGCAUGAUAAGCAUCCUGAUCCACUCCACCAAACUCUGGCAUAAGCGUGCCAUCCAGAACCACAAGCUGUGUGAGUAACCCCACCAUCCAUCACCUGAA